AUGGGCCGACUUCUGCUCACCGCCAUCGUCAGCGCUUCGGGUGUUACCAUUACAGCAUCACUACUAUGCUUACUUCUCGUCAUUCACGACAUCAAUGUCAUCUACGAUGACGUCAUCAGUGAAAUGAGAGAAUUUCAAUCCCAAGGCAUCAUUUCGCCAUGUCCACCGAUCGUCAAGUCUCUUUUUGAAGAACGAGUUAGCAAGAAAUAG